AUGUCAGGGGGGGUCAACGCCGAAGUUCAAAUGCCCCCCAGGAACCCUACAAGCGACCCGUCGGCCUGCAUCACCUGCCCCCCAGGACACUACUGCCCGUCGUCAGAUCAACCCGCAAUACCGUGCCCCCUGGGAACCUACAGCAGGACAGACGGAGCCAUCUCCAUUGAUUCAUGCAUCGCCUUCCCUCCAGGUUUCAUGCCGACAAUAGAAGGCGAGUGGCUGCCGACCCGGAGGAGAAGCAGGACAUACUUUCCCAUCAGCUGGAAGGGGAAUAAGCUCCCGUGUCCGAUCGCACACGUUUCUAUGAUGCCGCUGGGGACAUCCAGCGUACACUGCAUUCCAUGCCCUUCACGCUUAGACAUCGUCCAGUGCCUGCCCUGCCCAGCAGGAAAGUACUGCCCUCAAGGCUGCGCUGCGCCUGAAGCCUGCCCUGAAGGCACAUACAGUGAUGGCUACGGCACAAAGUUCCCCGGCCCAGGAACCCACCCCUCAAUGUGUAGGAGGUGCCCCUCGGGCUAUAGCUGCGUUGAUGGAGUGCGGACUGCCUGUGGGAAGGGCUAUACUUCAAAAGAAGGGGAGAAGGACUGCAUACCGUGCCCCAAGGCAACUGAUCUUUCGCAGAGCAAGGAAUGCCCCAAAGGAUAUUACUGUCCCGCUGGAACUUCGGAGGCAAUCCCCUGUCCAGGAGGAACGUACAAUCCUUUGCCGCGCCGCACGGAUGUCUCGGACUGUAUGAUAUCCAAGGCAGGGACAUAUGCUGAAGAAGCCACGACAUCUGAAGCAGGCACUGGCUUCUGCAAAGAGGGGCACUUUUGUCCUGCGGGAUCAUCCAAGGCUGAUCAGGUCGCCUGCCCGGCUCAAACAUACAACCCAAGUACAGGGGGAAGGUCCGCGAACGACUGCAAGCCCUGUCCCGCUGGAAAGUACUGUGGCACUGGGGAGCAUGACCCAGACGAUUGCCCCAAGGGGCAUUACUGCCCCGUGGGGUCGUCUGACCCGAGACCCUGCCCAGUAGGGACGAUCAGGAAGACACCAGGAGCGCAGUCUGAGCAGGACUGUGAACCUUGUCCUGCUGGCCAUUACUGUGAAACCCCGGGACUUUUUGAACCAACAGGAGAAGCUGGCACAUUGUGCCUGGAAAGAGCCACAAACCCGGCUCCUCGAGACGGCCUCACAGCUGUUCAAGCGCUGAUGGGCACUCCCCUUACAUUAGGCAUCAAAUGUCCUCAUCGCUCCGGCGCUUUGCUUUCAGGAGUUAUCUGCCCCUCUCUCGGUUACUGCGAAGCGGGUGCAACGCAACUUCAAGCUUGUCCCGAUGGCCAUUUCAAUCCAUACGAAGGUGGCACAUCCGAUACGGACUGUCGAAAGUGUUUUGCCGGAGCUUACUGCAAAGUUGUCGACAACAAGCCUGUCGUUGGGCCUUGCGCUGGAGGGUACUCCUGUCCAGAAGGCUCUAACAACCCCAAGGCUCAAAUUGCCCCAAAAGGAACGUAUGCCCCUGGUAUGGGCGAUACCAACCUGAUACGGAAGGAUUGCAGAGAGGGUAUGUACUGUGAGGAGGGCUCGAUAAUCCACAAAAAUUGUCCUGCGGGUACUUACAACCCCGAAAAACGUGGAGCGAGCAUCGACGCCUGCCUACCGUGCCCGGCGGGAGAAUACUGUCAGACGGAGGAGCUGAAGGCACCCUCAGGAAAAUGCGCUGCCGGCUACUACUGUGCAACGAGAAGCACAAGCAUCGCACCCCUUGAAAUGGAUUCCUUCGGGAAUGGGCCUUGCCCAACAGGUCACUACUGCCCUGAGGGAACAACAGAGCCCGUUGCCUGCCCUGAAGGUACUGCGAAAACGAAGGGCUCAGUGAACCGACCGCCCAGUGCUCACCGGGGUACUACUGCGAAGAAGGGAACCUACCAAGAUAUGCCAGGCAGCACAUUCUGUAACGUGUGUCCUGGGGGCUACUACUGCCCACUGAAGGCCGAAGUUAGUUUUGAUGCACGAUACAUCUGCCCAGAGGGAUCGUUUUGCCCUAGAGGAUCCAAGCAUGGCAAGGAGUACCUUUGUCCUCCAGGUUUUUACAACCCAUCACAGGGCAUUUCGUCUGUACUCAGCUGCUUGCCUUGCCCUCCUGGGAAAUACUGCAGAACUGCAGGCCUGGCUGCGGCAAGCGGAAACUGUGCAGCGGGCUUCUAUUGCGCCGGCGGAGCCCGUUAUCCUAAUGAAGUGAUCGACGAAUGUGUGUUCGAGUCGGGCGUUCUGGGGAAGGGAACUGGAACAUGCACGUCAAGGGAAGAUCCGUUUUCUUCGAAGGAGGAAGCCGAAGAGUUCUGUAAGAAGUCAGAUGAAUGCGUUGGGAUCGAAGAGAAGGAGGAUUUGUUCUACGUCAGAUGCGGGGCCGUGGAGGCUCCAGACGAAGGCGUUACAAGCAUAUUCUAUCCAAAGCUCUGCAUCGAGGCAGGUCUCUGCCCAAUCGGAUAUAUCUGCCCCGCAGGGACGGGUACACCCAAAAAAUGCCCUGCUGGAAAAUAUUGCUCGUCCAUGGGUCUUGACGCUGAAUCAGGAGACUGCGCAGAGGGCUUCUUCUGCGAAGAAGGCUUCUUCUGUGAGAAGGGGAGCUCAACUCCUGUUGAUGCCGCAAAUAUUUGUCCAGAAGGGCACUACUGCCCCGAAGGAAGUGCAGAAGCCCUUCCUUGCAGCAGCGGCACAUAUCAGCCGCAGGAAGGUGCAACGUCGUGCAUCAUGUGUCCAGAAGGAUCAUUCUGCGCCGUUGGGUCGGAAGAGCCUGAGCCCUGCCCAGAAGGGUUCUACUGCCCGGCUGGCACCCAGCAUCAGUACCAGUACCCCUGUCCACAGGGGACAUUUGGUAGCAUCCAGGGCUGUAGAGAGCUGUCAGCUUUGCGAAGGAGGCCAAAUGUGCAGCACCCCAGGAACAGGAUCAACAGGAACCAACUCUAUGAAGAACUGCCCAGCCGGUCAGCAGAGUGCUGCCGAAUUUCUUUGCUUUCGUUCAAGACCCCUGGCGCGGCCCUUUUCUAG